AUGGAAACCACAGGCCGGUGUGGUUGUGCCUCCCGAGGAGAUCAACAAGUAACGCUUAAUCGAAUUCGGAUCCCAAAACGUCAACAAAACGAACGAUCCAGCAAGUUUCUACGAUUCGGUUGGUUUGGGCCUGCCAAAGGCUUGAGGUCUACACCCACAAUGGACGAUCUGGCUCCGGCAAUGGUUGAAGAGCGCGGUUGUAUCCACCGUUUAGACUACGUGCGUCCGCAUGAGAAUCAUACCCCCUGCCUCACCUACAACGUGUUAUAG